GGCCCCAUGGAGGUGCUGCCCGCGGGGAACCGGAGGCCGGGGGCCCCGCAUCUCUCCUCCCCGACAAAGCCCUGAGCCGCUUCGCAGACGCAGCCUUUGUGCACUGGGGCGGGUGGGCGCUCCCUGAGCCCCCCCCUCCCCACACACACACAUACACACUUAUUCUCGAGGAUAAGGGAAAAGAGAGAGAGAUGCUGCCCUCGCCGGAGGAGCCCGGAGAAGCAGUGCCCAGCACCACCUGAUGCCGACAUCCCACAAGACUUGCCGGAAUCCCGCUCCUGCCCCAGCACUCCCACCCCGCCAUGUGGAGCUGUGACCCCACCGCCCAGCAUUCCCCAAGCCAUUCUCCGCUCCACCCAUCCGUCCGUCCCUCGCCAUGAGCGAUGCUGCAUGGUUUCCCUGCGUUGGGGCACAUAGCUGAGGGAUGGCCUCGUUGGACCUGCCCUACAGGUGUCCGCGGUGCGGGGAGCACAAGCGUUUCCGCAGCCUCUCCUCGCUGCGGGCACACCUGGAGUACAACCACACCUAUGAAACCCUCUACGUCCUCUCCAAGACCAACAGCAUCUGCGAUGCCGCCGUCUUCCCGCUGGCCGCCGACGGGGCCUUGUUGACACCGGCUGCCCGGCGGGAUUACUUUGAGAGCACCUCUUUCCAAGGCAAAGAGCAGCGCUUCUCCUGCGACCUCGUCCCCGCCGAAGAGUUGGAGCCGGCUCCAUCUUCCUCCCCUUCGCCUCGUUAUGUCCACGAGAUUGAGAUCCCACUGACUGAGAUCUUCACCCGGGGCAAGGCUGUGGCUCCAGCCCCAACGCCGCCAGCCGCUAUGGAUGCAGCCUACGAGGAAGGCUUGGCUCGCUUGAAGAUCCGCGCCUUCGAGAAGCUGGAGGUGGACAAGAGGCUGGAGAAGCUGACGGAGGAGGUGGAGCAGAAGAUCGCCUCGCAGGUCGGCCGGCUCCAGGUGGAGUUGGAUCGCAAGAGCUCGGAGCUGGAGAAAGCCAAGCAGGAGAGCCUGAGGCUCAGCCGGGAGAAGCAGGAGCUGGAGGACCGUGCAUCCGAGCUGUCCCGCCAGGUGGAUGUCAGCGUGGAGAUGCUGGCCUCGCUCAAGCAGGACCUGGUGCAGAAGGAGCAGGAGCUCACCCGCAAGCAGCAGGAGGUGCUGCAGAUCGACCAGUUCCUGAAGGAGACGGCCGCCCGCGAGGCCAACGCCAAGGUGCGCCUGCAGCACUUCAUUGAGGAGCUGCUGGAUCGGGCGGACCGGGCUGAGAAGCAGCUUCAGAUCAUCAGCAGCAGCUGUGGAACGACUCCGAACGGCAGUUUGGGACGCUGCGGAACACCAGGCGCUAAGGCUGCCGGCCGAGCAGUACCCACAAGGGCACAGAGAGACCGGCACCCAGGGCUGGGGGCAGCCGUGCAUGGCCCCUAUGCCAUUCCCAACCAGCGCUCCUCUUCCAGCACUGGGGCUUCGAGCCGGGCCAAAGCGGUGUCGCAGAGCUCGGGCUGCUACGACAGCGACAGCGCAGAGCCGUGUCCCACCGACGACACCGCUGAUGGACAUCCGUACGCGGCGCGGGACGGCGGUCGGGGCUCAGGGCUGCGGCGUCAAGCCAUCCAAAAUUGGCAUCGCAGACCCUACCGCAACAGCACGGAGGGCGAGGAGGGUGAUGUGUCCGACGUGGGAUCCCGCACCACUGAGUCAGAAGCUGAGGGCUGGGAGCCGGAGGUGCCUGGCAUCGCCGCAUCCCGGCCCGCUGGCAGCUGUCGGCUGACGGCCAGGUCCGAGGGGGCUAUGAGCAAGGGGGGCCGGAUGGAGAGGGGCAGCCCGGGUCACUGCAGCGAGGUGAUCAGCCCUGAGAUCCUCAAGAUGCGGGCAGCGCUCUUCUGCAUCUUCACCUACCUGGACACCAAGACCCUGCUGCGGGCGGCUGAGGUGUGCAAGGACUGGAAGUUUGUGGCCCGGCACCCGGCCGUGUGGACGCGGGUGCUGCUGGAGAAUGCCAGGGUCUCCUCCAAGUUCCUGGCCAUGCUGUCCCAGUGGUGCACCCAGAUGCACUCCCUCACACUCCAAAACCUCAAGCCACGCCAGAGGGGGAAGAAGGAGAGCAAGGAGGACUACAUGAAGAGCACGCGGGGCUGCCUGGAAGCCGGCUUGGAGUCCCUGCUGAAGGCGACGGGCAGCAACCUGCUGAUCCUACGCAUCUCACACUGCCCCAACGUGCUGACCGACCGCUCGCUCUGGCUGGCCAGCUGCUACUGCCGGGCCUUGCAGGCUGUCACGUACCGGAGCUCUACAGACCCCGUGGGUCAUGAAGUCAUCUGGGCCCUCGGGGCAGGCUGCAGGGACAUCAUCUCUCUCCAGGUUGCACCUCUGCAUCCCUGCCAGCAGCCAACACGUUUCAGCAACCGCUGCCUUCAGAUGAUUGGGAGGUGCUGGCCACAUCUGCGGGCGCUGGGCAUUGGUGGGGCAGGCUGUGGUGUCCAGGGCCUGGCAUCCUUAGCCCGAAACUGCAUGAGGCUGCAGGUCCUGGAGCUGGACCACGUGGCAGAGAUCAACCAAGAGGUUGCGGCAGAGAUGUGUCGAGAGGGGCUGAAGGGCUUGGAGAUGUUGGUGCUGACCUCCACACCCGUCACCCCCAAAGCCCUGCUGCAUUUCAACAGUGUGUGCCGGAACCUGAAGUCCAUCGUCGUACAGGUGGGCAUUGUGGACUACUUCAAGGAGCCCCACAGCCCCGAAGCCAAGAAGAUGUUUGAAGAAAUGGUGAACAAACUCCAGGCCCUGAGGAAAAGACCCGGCUUCUCCAAGAUCUUACACAUCAAGGUGGAAGGAGGCUGCUAGACCUUCAGGGAACCACAAAGCACAUUCCCUCUCUUGCCCUGUGGAGCCAGAGGCCCUGCACAACCAAACCCAUCGCUGCUGCUCCUCCGUUGCCGUUGGAGCUCGGAGAUGCCAGCCCAUGCACAAAACCCCAAACUCUUGCAGGCCUUAGCGAGCAGCCGGCGCUCGCCCCAGGGCCGGCUCAUGGACGUGUCACGGACAAGAAGGUGCUACUCAUGGAAAUUUUCCAGCUGCCCAAAGGGGCAGGUCCAUGCUGUUUCCCAGGAGGGAAGAUGGCUUCGAAGCCCACGGCUGCUCAUUGCCAAGGAUCCUUUGUUUGGGAAUGCCUUUUUCUUGGAACUCUCUUUUUUGGGGGGGCUGUUUGUUGGCAUGGAGGCUGAGGAUGGCCCAGCCCAUCCCAUGGGCUCUUUGCAGAGUGCUGUGCUCAGUGCAUCACCACUGGAGUGUCCUUGUUCCUUCCAUGGGCCGGUGGAUGUGGGGUGGGAAGGGCCACUGCUGCAGGGCUCCCGUUCACUUUCAUUUCAUUUAUUUGAGAGGAGCACCCAAAUGUGGGUAAAUGCUGCCCAGAACCAGCAGCUAUCACAGCACAAGCCCAGAUGGCAGAGCUGCAUCCUGAAGCUGCAGGAUGAAGACAACUGGGAGACACUGAAGACACUGGCAACAAUGGUUGCUCUCCAGAGAUCUCCAUCCUCUCCACUCAACCCUUCUGCCAAGGCAAUAAAUCACCACAUCCCACAUCCUCGUCCACCAGGAAACACGGAUCACUCUCCUGCACCCAUCAACAUCCACCACUUGCUCUCUGGAGCGAGUUGUUGUGUGGAGAGAGGAACUGGCCUGGGCUUCACCUUUGCCACCUCAUCGGGCAGCUUGAAGGAGAAACCUUGGCCAAAUAAUCCUGACAUCCAAUGCAGCUGGUUGAAGUACCAGCCCAACUGCCCUGGUAGAGCCCAUAUCGAUACCCACAGCUUAUUUUAUUUCUGGUUUUUCCUUCUGGCUAUCUUCUUCCUUCAAGGACGUUACCCCAUCUCCCCUCAAACACUCAUCUUUUUUUCCAAAGGAAAAAAGGCUCUUGAAAGGCAACCAACAGGGUAAGCUGUCUCCAUCCUCUGCCCUGGUGAGAAGAUGCCAAAGGUCCCCAGGCCAUGGGGAACACUUGUCAGAGCACUGCCAGCAGCACGGACAUGUCCUUAACCACAGCUCUCUGCCACCCCACGCCCCAACCAGGUGUGCUCAGAAGCUGAAAGAAGCCAACUGGGAAGAGCAGAUCUGGGGAGGAUUUUCCCCUUCUCCUGGGACACUGCUGAAGGUUUUGGUGCCUGUUGGCUACAGGGCUGCCCAUGGUGCAUGCACGGCUGGGAGGAGCCAGCUCUUCCCAGAGCAUCUCCCCAUCCUGCUGGGUGAUGGGCUGCCGUGGAGCAUCUAUAGACUCAUUUUGGUACCACCAUCCUCAACCACAUCAUGAAAGCAUCAGAUUUCAGCCUGGAGCUCCCACCAUGCUGGGAAUCAAUAGGAACCUUGAAAACACCCAAAUCACCGAGGCUGGUGGUGGGCUGGGGGCAGCUGCUGCCUCUCCAACCCCUGAAGACCAUUCCACCCACUCCUCACCCCAUCCACGUUGUCCCCCCACCAAAGCAGGGUAGGGUUGCAUGCCUUUUUUUGGCUGUAACCCCUGAUCUGAAGCACCUGAAGUCCCCCACUGACAGCGGCCUUCCAGGAGAAGGCUGCUCCCUCUACGCACCAAACUUGGGAACCCAAAAACUGCCUGUGAGAAACUACCACGUCCUAGGGAUAAGAUCCACCAGGGGUUACCUCCACCCCAGGGAGGCCUGGACACACAUAUUCCAGGGGCAGAAGAAGCAAGGGAUGUCUCAACCAGCAAAAAAAAACACCAACCACCAAAGCUUUGGCCCUGUGUGCCACUUUGUCACCAUCCCACGAGCGUGGCCCCGGUGGAGGUAUCGCCAUUGGAAGCGGCCCAGAGACUCUGUGAAAUCCCCUUCAAAAGAAACAAAGUAUUUAUUUCUAUAAAAAACAAAGAAGAAGAAGAAAAAAAAAAGGGAUUUUAAAGGAAAACGAUAUACUCCGCAUGUUUAUACGCUCUAUGCUUAAAGACUAUCCCAUGGGAGAGCUGUGUCUGAAGACUGCAGCCACGGAGCAUCGGAGGGUGACUCGGCCACGUGGGAUGUCCCCAUCCCCCAUCUCCACCAGGGUUUUGUCACAACAGAACAACCUCACCCCACAUCGGUGCUGAGAUCAGACCAAGCCAUCCGCCUCCCCUCGGUACCUUCCCAAAAAAGUCAGAUUUCUGGCUUUGCAAAGCCACGUUUUUAACCAAAAUCCCGUGUCACGAGAGGAUCUGAGCAAGUUCAAGGCUCUGAAGAUGGGAAAUGAGCUUUUUCUCCACCUUUCUCAGUGCCUGGGUUUGGUUGUCUCCCUUCCUCCUCCUCCUCUUCCUCAGCUGGGGAUGGAGGUAUCUGACACAGUGACAGUGGUGGUAAUGAGCCCUGUGUCUCUCCAGCCCUCCCAGUGUCAUUGCCCAGGCUGGUAAUGGCAAUUAGCUCGUUAAUGGCUCUGUACUCCUUCCACUCAUUGAUUCCCUCCCCAUCCCACCAGCGUGGCCCCACUGGGUGCCCAUGGCCAUGGGUUUCACCACCACAGCAUCAGCUCAACCCCACACCAGACCCCAGAGAAGCCCCUCGGGGGCUCUGCGAUGACAAUCCCCAGCAAAUCCAGGGGUCCCAGGGUGAAGAAAGGCAGUGAUAAGCUUUAGCUUGGGAUCCUGGCAGCUUCCCACAGUUUGGAGGAGCUCUUUCUUUUCUUGCCCAAAGUUCUUCCACAGCCAAUGUUAGCAGCAUUCUCCUUCUCCUGAACUUUGGGGCUGGACAGGGGUCUCAAGAGGAACAACACCAGCAAAGCUUGGGGGCCAAAUCCAUCCCAAAUCCACGUUUUUCUGCCUCUCUUGAGUGUUGGGUUUUGUGUGCACCCAUCAAGGAACUGGUGGCACGGAGCCCUGGCUGGGGUUGGCUCCAUCCAAGGAUUUCAGUGGUCAAGCAAACAAGGCAGGUGGCAAGAGAAAAGUAUCCAAAAGGUCAACAGGGCUCACAAGUCAGAAGGCACAGGACUUACGUGGCCAAAAAGGUCUGAAUUCAGUUUAAAAACAAAACGAAACAAGAAACAAAAAAAGCCACGAGAAAUGUUGACAAAGGCUCCUCUCAAAGCAGUUCUUUCAGCUCUAAGAGGAGCCAAGAUGAAGCUGGCAGCGUGGGAGUUGGCACAUGGCUUCUUCCUAUCAUUUUGGGUUGAAAACCUGCAGGUUCAGGUGGAGUAAAGCAUUUGGGAGCCGGUGCCAAAUGACAAAAUGCUUUAAAAAGAAUUGAGGAACGGGGAGCAGGGUGACAUUAGCAGCUGGAAAUGGCUUGUCGCAACCAAAGCGCAGCAGGAUGGUGAAACAAAGGAGAGCAGUGGCAAUGAGCGACUGCCCCACGGCAGCAAAGAGAUGGGAGAACUGCCCCAAAACAGCAAGAUGGGGUUUUCUGAUCCAGCCCCAGGCUGGGGCCGGGGACAGGCAUGUGCAAUGGUAGGGGUGGGUGGAAUUGCUCUAGGGAGCGAGCGCAGCAACGCACAUUGCUUUGAGAUAAUCAGAGAACACGCUCCCCGAUGGACAGCUAUCCAGAAUGGCAAUCGUUUCCCUCAAGCACUUCUCCUGGUGGCAGCUCAGCCCCAGAGAGCCGUGUCUGAGGCACCCUGUACAGCCUGCCCCCUCCUGGAAGGUAGUGAGUUGGCCUCCUAAGUUAUUUUUUUAACUCUAUAUAAAUCUAGGUCUAUUUUAGUCUUUCGCAGCGAUGUGCCAGUGUCUGGAGAACCAAACGUCCCUACCCCCCAUCCCACGGUCACCCUGACCCCAAUGCUCAGCGUGCUGGAGAAGGGGACACGGGGGUGGCCUUGGGGGCAGCAGAGGUGUCCCCAAGGAGCUGCUGCCCACCCCGUGGUUUUAGCACUUUGGUUGGUACUAUCACCUGUAGACGCACUUUGAUGUUGUUGCUUUGAAACUUUGCCGAGUGUAAACAAUGUGUAUUUAAAGAAUUACAGGAAAAAAAAGAAAAGAAAAAGGUGUAAAGAGCUAUUUUAUGAUUCGGUGU